CACGGAGUUACGAGCAUUUGAAAUGUCCAAAAUUGCUGUCCGCCAUUAAAAUCCGCCAUCUUGAUUUUAUGUUGUCACGAGAGGCUUCUGACGUCAUAGUCUCAACACACCGCAAGGGCACAAGUAGAAUUAGUAAGCAAACGUAGAGCAUCACAUGUAUUUCAAGAACUAAAAUGUCAGUUUCGUCGCGAUCUAGUAGCGUUUCGGAGUAUUUGUCUGAAACAGAUUCUCCCGCAUCUCAUCUGUUUAUAUAACAGCGAAUUCAAGCGAACCUGACAAUGAAUUUUUGCCAUUUGAUGAUACUAUUGCUGGAGCCGCUCGCCUCACCUGAAGAGGUAGCCGAGUACGAGGUCGACGAAGCUGUAGCAGAAGACGAACAGCUCGAAAAUAUGUUACAAAAUCGUUUUGAAGGUCAUAUUGAUGUAUCGUCUUGGUAAGUUUGUGUUCUUAUUUGCCGGAGUAAUAAAUUAAAACACAUCUCUGAACUUCUAUUUUGCAUUUUUUAUAAGGUGUGAAUGUGGUCAUUGCUGUCAACCUGAAGUAUGCCUACUAUCAACUAUGCCGAUGUUUAUAUUAAACAAGCAUUAACAUAUUGUGCGCGCACAUUUAUUUAAUAUUAUAUAUUUUAUAGGUUCUUACGCGCAGUUUUCUACAGACAGCUCGUGGUUUGGUAUGAGAUUUUACGGGCAGUUUGCCAGUUCAAGGCAUCUCACAUUACCGUGUUGUUGUUACAAUAAAAUAUGAUCAACAUUCCCGAACACUGAUCAGCGAGCUUACACGGAGUUUGAAAAAACAGCUCGAUGGUUCAUCCUCGUUUGUAUCAGAUUGUUUGCAGUUUCGCCCAACUCGUUUAAAAUUUAAACCUAUUUUCAAUAAUAUGAGAACAACACUUGUCGCGUGAAUUUAUAAUUGAUCUGGACUUAUCAGAUUUGUAAAUAUGUAUGUAGCUAAAAUAUAUUCAUAUUUCACUAAACUUAACCUUACGCCUGUCUCUUGUUGUUAGUUGCGCAGGGGCUUACCUCCAAAAAGUAGGCACAGAAUCUGGUUUAAGUCGUCUUUGCAAAUCAUCCAAAUGAAAUAAACGCUCAAAACAAUCCGUUUCCAAACAAAUCAUGAAUCGAAUUUCCCUCGAGCUUGGAUAAAAAUUGGCGUACUUAGUUUGCACAAAUCUAACCGAUAUUCUUCUCAAAGAUUCGUCAUUUGGGCUCUUAUGCAAUGAUCUACCCGCGUUUUUGUCAGAAGUAUUGCUGCAAUCGUGUACAACACAACGCGAUGAAGGCAUGAUCGAGUUUUACUAUAGUCGCGUAUAUAUUUUUAUGUUGCACGCCCAGCAUGUGUUGAGACUAUGACGUCACAAACUCCCGAGCACUUGAACUUUCCAAUAUGGCGGAUUUUAAUGGCGACCGCCAAAAUUCGAACUUCAUCGUCGUAUAACUCAGGCAAAAUAUAAGAUAUCACGCUAAAAUUUUGCGUGACAGCUUCUUUAUACGCAUUCUUCACAAUCAUGGAAAAAAAACAGAAAUGAAAAUUUGGUCACAGUGGCACUUUAAAACAAACAAUGGAAACGUUGUUGCGAAAAUAAGUUGUGCCAAAUUCAUCAAGAAGAGGAUUUUAAUUGAUUUACCAGAAGAUUCCGACUUUUCCAAUGUUUGUUUUAAACAUCGCGAAACUUGUUGACAAACGACGGACAAUGACGCAGGACAAGGAUAAUUCGAAGACUUUGUACUUCGCAGGUAUUACUUAAGCAGAUUAACUACAAGGUGUAUUACCAUAAAGAAUAUAUCACAUUACCGUGUGAACAAUGUGUUAUUGUUCACCCUAUAAUAUUUGAUAAGGAGAAAAUGUUCUCGAGUGAGAUAUAUUAUAAUAUAAUAUAAUAUAUAAUAUAAUAUAAUAUAAUAUAAUAUAAUAUAAUAUAAUAUAAUAUAAUAUAAUAUAAUAUGAUAUAAUAUAAUAUAAUAUAAUAUAAUAUAAUAUAAUAUAAUAUAAUAUAAUAUAAUAUAAUAUAAUAUAAUGUAAUAUUGUUAAGUUAUUGUCAUAAGUUAUGCUCAUAAUACUUCAUAUAAUAAUAAUGUAAUAUUGUUAAGUUAUGCUCAUAAUACUUCAUAUAAUAAUAAUGUAAUUAGUUGUGAUUUUAGUUCAGUUAACCAAUGAUAUGAUUAAGACAAUAUGAAUACAAUAUAUUUCCUGUAAUACCAUAUAUAGCAUGAUGAAUAAUUAUUCUGACCAAUUGUAAUUGAGCACAUUGUAACAUAAACGCACUUGAUGUAAAAAUAGUAAAAUAAAACUUAGUUCUUGUAUGCUUCCACAGAGUGUGUAUCUCUUGUAAUAAAGAAUGACAAUUAUAUAAUAAUGACAACUACAACGAACUCAAUAGGUUAUGGGUCCAGAAGAGGCUUGCUAUUCGACGGUAACGAAAGCAAAUAUGAGUUGUGGGAAGUAAAGUUCCUGGGCUAUAUGCGGCUACAAAAGCUAUAUAAAGUAUUCGUGCGAGACGCAAGCGAGAAAGACCCACCAGACGCUUCGACGCAAGCUGAUGCUUUUGCCGAACUCGUGCAAUGUCUGGACGAUAGAAGUUUAUCGCUAGUGAUACGAGACGCGAGAGACGACGGGAGGAAAGCGCUAGAAGUUCUCAGACAGCACUACCAAGGGAAGGGAAAGCCACGUAUAAUUUCGCUUUAUACCGAACAGACAUCGCUAAAGAAAGAAGAGAACGAGCCUAUAGUCGAUUUGCGACAGCGUUACGAAAUGCCGAGAAAGCUAUCAGCGACGCAUUGUUAA